AUGAAGAAUUUGUCAUUUGUCGUGGUAGUGGUUGCCAGUUUACUGUGCAGUGCUAAAUAUGCAUCUUCAAUUCUAUGUUAUGACUGCAAUAGCGAGUUUGACCCUCGCUGUGGGGAACACUUCGAUCCUUUCAGCUUGGGCAUCAUCAACUGUUCCCUGAAGGACCCGCCUGAACACCUUGAAGUAGGCGAACCUACGUUCUGUAGGUCAAUCAAAAUGGAGAUUGAAAACAAGGUCCGAAUAGUCCGUCAAUGUGGGUAUCUUGCUGAUAAAAACGUAGCCGAAAAUCCUUGCAGACGUGUCGUGGGCAAUGGUGAUCUAUUCGUAACGUACUGUACUUGCAACACGGACUUGUGUAACUCAGCAUCGAUUAACUACCAACAGAUGGCACUGUUCGUUAUUAUCUUCGUCUUAGUAUUAGUGAUUUAA